AGAUUCUGCAACUUUGUCUUACUUCAAUGGGGAGAGAGAAGGAGAUGGGCUUGGAUAUUGAUCUCUCACUCAAGAUUGAUUCUAAACAAGAAAAACAAGGAGAAGCCGGAGACCAAGGCGAAGGCGAAGAGGAAGAGGAAGAGGAAGAUCACAACGACGACAAUGAUAUUGAACAAGGAGCACAACAAGAGAAGGAGGAUGAGCAAGAACCAAGAGCACAGAAUAACAACCAAAAAGCAGCAGAAGCCGCUGCUGGGGAAGUUGAAGAUGAUGCCUCAGUAGUAGAAACAUCUUUGGAGGAGAAUAACAUGAAGACGGAUCAAGAGCUAUGCGUUUUACAAAUGGAGAUGAGCCGCAUGAAAGAAGAAAACAAAGUUUUGAGGAAGGUCGUGGACCAAACCAUGAAAGAUUAUUAUGAUCUCCAAAUGAAAUUUACGGCUCUUCACCAAAGAAACCAAAAUAAGGAUCCUCAAACCUUUCUAUCACUUGAUGGUAAUGAUCCCGAUGCUGUUCAAGGACCCAAGACGAUUCCAAAGAGAUCUCCAUUAUCACCAACACGUGAAGAUAUGAUGAAAGAGAGUCAACUAGGGUUGUCACUGAGGCUACAAACCAGCCCUAGUACCAAUAUUCAAUUACAUGGAAGAGAAGAAGAAGAUGAUGAUAAAGAAGAGACCAACAAGAAGGAAGAAUUGACAAGUUCAAGUCUUGCAUCAUCACUACUGCAGAACAAGCUUCAGCGAACCGAAUUGGCCGGAAUUUCGAGUCACGUUGCUUCCCAACCCAACAGAAAAGCUAGGGUUUCGGUUAGAGCAAGAUGUGAAUCCGCCACAAUGAAUGAUGGGUGUCAAUGGAGGAAAUACGGACAGAAAAUUGCAAAAGGAAACCCAUGCCCACGAGCUUAUUAUCGUUGCACAGUAGCUCCUGGAUGCCCAGUUAGGAAACAGGUCCAAAGAUGCCUAGAGGACAUGUCCAUACUCAUAACAACAUAUGAAGGAACACAUAACCAUCCACUUCCUGUGGGUGCAACAGCCAUGGCUUCAACAGCUUCUGCAGCAGCUUCAUUCAUGUUAUUAGAUUCAAGUAACCAUCAUCUUUUAGAUGGAACAGCCUCUAAUUACACCCAAGCAUCCCUCCCUAAUUACUAUAAUGGCUUUGAUCACAGGAUGAACCCUUCAUCUCAUUCCUCAUUUAGAACCAUCAAUCCUCAUGACCCUUCCAAAGGAAUUGUUCUUGACCUCACAAACAACUUUUAUGAUCACAACAAUACACCACAAAACAUUCCCAUGGGAAGCUCCUCGUCACACUCAUCAGCGCCGCCAGGUUUUAGUAACUGGAUGAUGAGCACAAGCAGAUCUGCAAGUAGUUAUCAAAACCCUAAUUCUAUAACCAGCCAUCUUUUGGCUAACAGCACUAUUUCCAGAUCAUCAGGAGUUGGAGUGGAAGAUCAGAGAAGUUGGAGAGGGGAAGAAAAUAAUAUGUCAUUGGCUGAGAAUGUGACUGCCAUUGCUUCAGAUCCUAAAUUUAGGGUUGCUGUUGCAGCUGCUAUCACAUCCCUCAUUAAUAAGGAGAACCAUACAGCUAAUCAUCUUUUUGGUCCAAGGGAUGGAGGAGAGAAUGGUAGUUCUGCUAGCAACAAUUGGGCCCUUGAUCACCAGUCCCUAUCAGCCAAUGGUAAGCCCAUUCGCAAAAACAGCUUAGAAUAAUAAAUCUUAAUACUAUCAUCAUUUCGUUUUUAUGUAAUCUUAAUAAAUACCUUUGUGCAAAGAGAAAUUUAUGGGUAUAUAUACAAGAACUAUA